AUGCCGAUAACGUCUUCUUCGCUAUGCAGUCUAUAUAAAAUAUAUACAGUAUUAACUAGUAGCAGUAGCGGCAGCAACACCGCCAGCACAACAAUUACUGCUACUACUACUAAUACUACCAUUACUACUAGAAAAAGCAGCAGAAUUAGCAGUAAUCGGCUGCCAAUGAUGUUCUUACUUUUAUUAGCCUUAAUAAUGUCUUGUUUAACAACAAUUAAUGCCUUUCAAUUGGAUGGUUCCCAGAGUUCAUUCGCACAAUUUCGCAAGUGGUAUGUGGGGUUAAAUGGAUCGCUGGAACUGGAAUUUAAGACUGAACAACCAAAUGGUUUAGUCUUAUAUACGGAUGAUGGUGGAACAUAUGACUUUUUUGAACUGAAACUAGUAGAAGGUGCUUUGCGUUUACGUUAUAACUUGGGUGGAGGUGCCCAGAUUAUAACGGUGGGCCGUGAACUUCACGACGGACAUUGGCAUAAAGUUCAAGUUAUUCGCAAUGAUGAACAAACUUCAUUAAUUGUGGAUGGUGUCUCGCAGAGUCGAGCUACGAAGGGCAAGGAAUUCCAAUUUGGGAAGUUUGCAACCAACUCGGAUGUUUAUGUUGGAGGAAUGCCAAAUUGGUACAGUACAAAAUUGGCUUUGUUAGCACUUCCGAGCGUGAUAUUUGAGCCAAGAUUCCGUGGUUCAAUUAGAAAUCUCGUAUAUGCCGAUCAGCCUGGUGGACAAACCCGAAGACAGGAAAUGAAACAACCACGAGAUAUCAAGUGCGGCGAUGGUCCGUGUGAUCAUGGCGAAAUGCCAAAGGAGAAAGUAAUACGUAACUCGCGUGGCAGUAAUACGACCGAUGCAUGCGAACGACAUGAUCCUUGUCAACAUGGUGGCAUUUGUAUAUCGACGGAUUCCGGUCCCAUCUGUGAAUGUAGAAAUCUGGAAUUUGAUGGACAAUAUUGUGAAAAAGAAAAGGCUCCGUCAGAAGCUACUUUCCGUGGUACACAGUUCCUUUCAUAUGAUCUUGGACAAACAGGUGCUGAGCCAAUUGUUAGUGCCCAAGAUGCGAUUACAUUAUAUUUUCGAACCCGUCAACCAAAUGGAUUAUUAUUUUACACAGGUCAUGGUACGGACUACCUCAAUCUGGCGUUGCGUGACGGUGGUGUCUCAUUAACCAUGGGUUUGGCGAACGGCAAACAAGAGAUGCAUAUAAAACCGUCUAGAGUCCGUUUCGAUGAUCAUCAGUGGCAUAAAGUUACAGUACAUCGUAGGAUACAAGAGAUAUCAUCAAUUACGAGUUUUUGUCGGCUUGUUACAGUGGUCGAUGACGUAUACACCGACCAUUCGCAUAUUGCGGGUAAAUUUACAAUGUUAUCAUCUUCGCGAGUGUACGUUGGUGGCGCUGUAAAUCCUCGAGCAUUACUCGGAGCCAGGGUUCACAACAAUUUUGUUGGGUGUUUGAGAAAGGUUGAAUUUUCGGCAGAUACGUUAUUAUUAAAUCUAAUUGAUUUAGCUAAAAGCGGAUCAAAACUUAUACAAGUUGCUGGUAAUGUUGAAUAUCAAUGUCCUAUUGGCGAUCCACAAGAUCCUGUUACGUUUACGACACGCGAAUCCCAUUUGGUUUUGCCACCAUGGGAAACUGGCAAACAAAGUUCCAUUUCAUUCAAGUUUCGGACUAAAGAACCUAAUGGGCUCAUUAUAUUGGCAACGGGUUCGAAACAGCCUAGAUCAAAAAAUGCCGUACUUUUCGCUAUCGAACUUCUAAACGGUCACAUAUACAUUCAUUUGGAUUUGGGAUCUGGAGCCGCUAAAGUGAGGGGUUCCCGGAGGAGAGUGGACGACGGUGACUGGCAUGAUUUUAUAUUGCGACGCAAUGGCAGAGAUGCAAAGGUUAGUGUGGAUGGAGUUUGGAAUGACUUUCGUACACCUGGAGAGGGUACUAUUUUGGAAUUGGAUGGCCACAUGUACAUUGGCGGAACAGGUCCUGCAUACAGUAAUGCUAAUUGGCCUCCAGCCAUAUGGACUGCAACGUUGCGUCAAGGUUUCGUAGGCUGUUUAAGGGAUUUGGUAUUAAGUGGCAAGGCGAUAGACAUUGCAGCCUUUGCCAGAUUGCAAGACUCCGCUUCGGUAAAACCUUCCUGUCAUGUGCAAGCUAAUGUUUGUGCGGGAAAUCCGUGCUUGAAUGGAGGAAGCUGCAUGGAGGGUUGGAAUCGACCGAUCUGCGAUUGUACUGCCACUCUUUAUUACGGACCGACUUGUGGUAGGGAGUCAGGUACUUUGGCUUUUAAUGGAACACAACAUAUGACAGUUUGGUUAGGUAAUGGCCAAGGUACAAAGACUCAAACCGAGGAACUUUUGCUUCGCUUCAAAACUGCGAGGCCUACGGGCUUAUUGUUGAUGACCAGUGCUGAAUCCAAUUCCCCCGAUAGACUUGAAAUCGCCUUAGUAGCUGGACGUAUUCGUGCCAGCGUAAGGUUAAGCGAUCGGGAAAAGAAUCUACUGGCUGGGCAGUCUGUUCUUAACGAUAACAACUGGCACACUAUACGUUUCUCGAGACGAGCAUCAAAUUUACGUUUACAAGUUGACGGGGCUCCCCCUGUCAGGGGUAUGUUAUCUGAGACAAUAUUGGGAAGACACAGUACCAUAGAGAUACGGUCAAUACAUUUGGGCGGACUGUUCCAUGCCGAAGAAGAGAUACAAAUGACGUCUACGAUGCCAAACUUUGUUGGCCAAAUGCAAGGAUUUAUAUUCAAUGGUCAGAGAUACAUUGAUGUUGUCAAGUCAUUGGGCCCUGAGUUGUCAGCUCUACCAAGCGCAACGUUUAAGUUAACAGCUCGAUUUGUGAACUCACCGCCAGGAAAUCCGUAUCAUGCAGCCACGUUCCGAUCCAAACACUCAUAUGUUGGUCUGCCUAUGCUGAAAGCCUACUCAACGAUUUCUGUUGAUUUUCGAUUUAAAACAGUUGAACCGAAUGGGUUGUUGAUUUAUAAUGGCGGAAGGCGUAAUGAUUUUGUGGCUGUGGAAUUGGUAAACGGCCAUAUCCACUACACAUUCGAUUUGGGAGAUGGUCCAAUAACUAUGCGGGAUAAAACACGUAUUCAUAUGAAUGACAAUCGGUGGCAUCAAGUCAGCAUUAGGAGGCCUGGACCGAAGACACAUACUCUGGCUGUAGAUGAAUCGUUUGAGAUCAUUACGUUGUCGGGCAAUAGCAUGCACUUGGAAUUAUCCGGUAUCUUGUAUAUUGGCGGUGUUUUCAAGGACAUGUAUGCCAAGCUGCCAGCAUCGAUAUCAUCACGUUCUGGCUUUGAGGGUUGUAUUUCUUCACUCGAUUUGGGCGACACAUCACCAUCACUGACAAAUGACGCUGUAGUACCGAGCUCGCUUGUUGUGUCCGGCUGUGAGGGCCCAACAAAAUGUAGCCAAAAUGCUUGUGCAAACAGAGGCGUUUGUGUGCAGCAGUGGAAUGCGUACGCCUGCGAGUGUGAUAUGACUUCAUAUACGGGUCCAACAUGUUAUGAUGAAUCCAUUGCUUAUGAGUUUGGCAAUAAUAAGGGAAUUAUUCAGUAUACAUUUCCGGAAAAUGCUCAGGCUGAUACCGAGGAGGAUAAUGUAGCAUUGGGAUUCAUAACAACCAAAUCGGAUGCUGUAUUACUGCGCAUAGAAAGUUCGACGACACAAGAUUACAUGGAAUUGGAAAUUGUUGAGGGCAACAUAUUUAUGGUUUAUAACAUCGGAACAAGGGACCUACCGUUGGGAGAGAUUGGAACAAAGGUUAAUGACAAUACAUAUCAUGUUGUGCGAUUUAGCCGACGAGGUGGAAACGCCACAUUGCAAUUGGACGAUUACAAUGUGCAAACUUUAACACCACAAGGUCAUCAGUCCACCAUGUUUAAUACCAUGGCUAACAUACAAGUCGGAGGGAAAUUUAGUCGUACUGGUCGCACGCGUAUCGAAAGACCUUUUGCUGGUGUAAUUACCGGUUUGUCGGUGAAUAAGUUACGUGUGCUGGAUUUGGCUGUGGAACGUGAUCCCCAUAUAACCAUACGAGGAGAUGUUCAAUUGGUAACUGGAGUAUUAGAUAGAAAUGAUCUGCAAAGAAUGCAGCAGACGCCUGCUAGUGGUUAUCCGGGAGCAAUAGAUGACUUGAUAUUUUCCGGUGCCGGUUCUGGUUGUCGUGGUGACGACGAAGACGAAUGUACUCCUCCAUUUGAAUCUAGCGGUGAUGAUCUAAUUACACCAGUGUAUGUACCCCCCACUAAGCAAACAACUAUGACUCAAAAUGUCAGUACUGAUAAAACAAAUGGCACUGAACGAGCUUGUGACGAUGAAGACUGCAUUCAUGGAUCCGGUGACUAUGGCGAAACAACAGAACAAUUUACAUCUACAAGUACCGCCAAAGGUUCUGAAUCCCAUAAUGAGGUAACCACGGACAGCAAUACGCGUAGACAGGAUGUCACAACUGAGCAGCAGCAUUCAACGUCCACAAUGACUCAUACUACGACACCGCAGCAAACUACAGCUUUAAGUACGACCAUAACAACCAGUCAAACGUCUGCACCCACAACAACUCUAACAACAUCAACACAACGCACAACGACAACAUCUACAACAACAUCAACCUCAACAACGACUACCACGGUCGCAACACCAUUGCCCGAAAUACGAACGGCAACAACUGAACGGGAUACAACUACCUUCGAUGUCGUCCAAGUAUUUAAGCAUGAUGAAGAUGAGGAGAAAUCAAACAUUAUUUAUCCGCCACAAAUGCCAGAGGAGCGGCCACCACCUCCUCCACCUAUCCACGAACCUGAGCCGGGCCUACCAUACUAUCCACUACCACAGCCCCCUCCUCCAUAUAGUAAUAACAACUAUCGGCCAAAGGGAAAGGGAGGUCGCAUAAACUCAAUCGAGGAAGAAAGGACUGCCAUGAUCAUUGGCAUUGUUGCUGGCAUAUUGAUCGCAGUUAUUCUUGUCAUAUUGUUGGUCUUGUGGCUGAAAUCGAACGGAGAUCGUAAUUACAAGACAUCUGGUGAGAAAACCAUCUACGGCACUCACAACCCGAACGCCUCAUUACUGGGCAAUACCAGCACAAAUGGUUCAUAUCACCAACAAAGGCAACAAUCAAAUAAUCAUCAUCAAACACAAGAUACACGUUCGCGUUCCCACUCCGGCGCCGCAAUGCGAAAUAACGGCAAUACCGACAUGUGCAGCAGAUCGGCGCCGAUGAGAGUUGAACGCGUCUACCAUGACUCUACCGACCAUAGUGAAGGUGAGGAUCGUCCGGGUUUAGUGAAAACGAAAAAACGUGAUUCGAAAGAUGUUAAAGAGUGGUACGUCUAAAUGGCCGAAUAUUGAGAUAAAUAUUUCGCGAAUGAACCAAACGUCAAAUUAGCAAUAUCUAAUAACUGUGCAUAACAAAAUUAAA